UUUUCACCUCCUCCGAACUACAGCAGGUCAGUAAUACUCUCUCAAUUUCUCUCUUCCUCUGGCAAUUACUUUUCAAUUGUACAUUUCUGCAUUUUUGUGAUGAUCUUGGAUGUAUAAGUGUACAACUAAUUUGCAUUGUGAAGUUUGCAGCCGUGGUUAGUUUGCUAGUAAUUUGCAUUGUUUAAAUUCUCAUCCUUUUGUGUUUCUGAGAGUUUUGCUGAUUCGAGUUUCUUCCUAACUUGAGAAGCAGCUUCGUUAUCGGAUUUGGACACUUGAUUUAGUUUGAUCUGUAUGGAGUUGCGAAAUUCAAUUUAAGUAUCGUUUGAAGUGCUGAUAAUUUUUGAGGCCUUUGACAUCUAUUAGGUGUACUGAUUUUACUGUGUUUUCCUUGUUAAUGUUAUUGAUAUAGGAUUAUUAGCUCGUCCUCACUUCGAGUUUCAUGAUUAGGUUUUUUGAACUAUUAACUUUAUAAUGUUUAUGUAUUUAGUUAGUUUGUAUUUGGUUCAUCUGUUCACUUUGUAUAAAUUGCUGUGUGGAAGAAUUUUUUUGAUGUAUAUAUAGUUGUGUUAUGGUGGACACUGAUUGGGGAUCAAAUGGUGCUCUUAUCGGACGAUAAAUGGUGGAAUUCAGAAUCGUUGAUGAGAGGUUUUCUUGGUAAACUGAAACUCAGUUAGUACUACAUGAUUAAAGUACGAAUAUCUGUUAACUUUGAUCAAAGUUGUGUCACCUUUCUCAUUCAUCAUCAAAUUAUAUUUAUACAUCCUAAAGGACAAAGUCGUACUCGAUUACAAACUAGGAAUAAUAAUCCUAAAUAAUGUCAUAAGCCAUAUAGAGUCUUGACACCCCUCAAGGUGGAGCGUGCAAAUUCCGACACCCCACUUUAACAACAAGAACUCAAACUCAGUCCUACCAAGAGCUUUAGUAAAAAUGACUUGGUAGGAACAUAAGAGGGAGUAACAAGCCCCUGCAUCACGAACAAACAAAGUGACAAUCAGUUUUAAUAUGUUUAGUUCGCUCAUGAAACACUGAACAGUUAGCUAUAUACAAAGUAGAUGGACUAUUACAAUAUAAUGCUGAACUCCAAGAUCACCCAGUACUUGCUUGACCCAUUUCAAUUCACAAUCUAAAGCAGCCAUAGAAUGAUAUUCUGCUUUUGCAGAGGAACGAGAUACCGUAGGCUACUUCUUGGUCUUUCAGGAAACUAGAGAAUAUCCUAGUAUAACAGACCAGCCACUUAGGGAAGGUUUUGUAAUAGGACAACUAAGCCAAUCAGAAUCACACCAUCCUUCUAGGCGGAGAUCACUUGACCGGGCUCAUCCUUUUAUGUUGAGGUCAGUGCAAGUCUGUCUAUGAUUAAGAGUCUAGGUGGUGUUGAAGCUGGCAGAACGAAAUAAAAUGUUGUCCUGGAUUUUUCUUCAAAUAUCUGACAACUCUAAGAGCUGCCUCUUGUAAUUAAUUUGGACCAUAAUUUAAGAGGGCCUAGUAUGCUCGCAGAAUUGUUGAAAUUCAAGCAAAAGAUCACAAGGUAUGUGUUCUUUAGUAUGAUAGAGCAACAAGCCAUCAUCUUUCAUGGUCGAUGAUGUGACCGCAUUUAUCAUUUUGGUUGGUGCUACCCCUAAAUCAAAAAUUUGGACUCCAUUGUCCAUAAUCCAUGGAUUAGUACCUAUAAGCCUCAUAAAGGCCUCCAAAUAGAUUAAUUACAUGGAAUUGAACCAGUAAACAUACUGCUAAAAGGUAAUUGUGAGAGAAAAAAUCCCAUAAUUCAAAUUAGAAGAAAUUUUGGACAGUUUUCUGGAGUGAACUUUCUUUUGAAUAAGUUUCACAUCCCACUUCACUGGGUCUUUGAACCUGGGAAGCGAUCAGUUGGCCACCUCAGAAUCGAUGCCAGGGACAUUCAGGAUGGAAGGAAGACUGAAAACAAGCGUACUUUAUUCAUAAUUAUAAGCAUAGAAAUCCUAUACCAUCUUUUUAAUUAUUUGGGUGUUUGGGCUUUUACUCUAAAUUUGGCUUACCGGAGCAACGAUGUUUCUUUUCAAAUAUUCAAAUGUGGAUUUUGUUUAGCUUGAUUCUAAUAUAAUGAAGGCAGUUUGCUUCUCUCCACAUGAAAAAGUUUCUCUUCCAUUGUUGGUAAUAUCUCCCUCCAAAAUACAGAAGGCUUAAAUUUCUCUCUUUCUUAACUUCUCACCAACACCCUUUUCAAAAUUUCCUCCCAAUGCAGCAGUGCCCUAGUACUUAUUUAAGUAGAUCCUUGAUGAAAUGUUCUACUUAAUCUAGAAUCUGAUAUUUGUCCCUCCUUUUUCUUUGAUAUCUACCAAUUGCAUGUAUUAUGGUUCUACCAUAGAGAUCUAGACUUAUAAUUCUUUCACAAAUAUGGGUUUGGACCAUGGAAUUAAAUCUCUCCCGCUCCGUACAGAACGGCCGUUCUGUAACGGAUUUUGGAUUUACCAUUCCGCGAAAUCUCGUUACGGAACGCCAUAAUAAAAAUCACAUACUAUUCGCCGCGUUAGAACGCUUUUAUCCCCGUUACAUCCGUUCUUUUCAAACAUUGUUCAAAAAUAUUUUAUGAUUUAAUUAUAUAGCUGAUGAAACAUGAUAUUCUGAUAGAUUUGAUUAUCUUAUGUUGUAAUAAUGCUUCAUAAACUAAAGCAAUGCAAAUAAGGUUAGAACUUAUUAAUGCGAAUUUUUUUAAAAAAUUUACGCCGUGUCGGCCACGAAAUGUUUGAUUCCCCUGUUACAAGUCGUUCCUGCGAACGCGACCAUGACCGCGACCAUGACCGCGACCUCAAUUUUUUUUCCAUGGUUUGGACUUUGGUGAAUAAUGUAAUAACCAACUAUACACAAGGCCUUGAUUGAUUAUCUCCUAGUAUUAUGACAUGAUAAAGUUGACAAGUUUGAAGCUGUUUUUGGGUCUUCCAAUUAAUAUGCUAAAUUUAUUGAAUUUCUUGCGCCGUGACUUAGUUGAAGGAUGCAGAUGGGUCUUGAUUGGUUCUGGGUGUUUUUUAUCAGAUGCAAUCUUCAUCUCUAAAUUAUGAUGUUAAGAAAAGAAACAAUUAUUGUUGUGGUCAUUUUAUGUUGCUUUUUUUGGUUAAUAGUUAUUAGUGAUGUGACUAUGUAACUGAAUCAUAUCAAGUAGCCCCAAUACAUCCUCUGUUUCAUAAAUAAAUAAUUCCUCUGUUUCUUAAAACUUGCAACAUAUUCCUUUUCGUGAUGUUCCACCAAUACUUGCUACAUUUCUUUUUCGGUAACUUUUUACACAAAAAUAGCUUUGUUCUAUAUUUUAAGCACAUGGACCAUGUUUCACUCUUGCUUCUCCUUGGUUCUUGUGUCAUUUACAGCUGUUGCAAGUAUUAAGCAACAGAGGAAGUAUGUAUUAUUAGUACAAGACUACUGGUUUUGUUAAUCACUGAGUAUUAAUAUUUUGUAUAUAAUUAUGCUAUUCUUGCUGUUUGCAUUUGUCCAGUAAUACCAGACGAACUACUGGUGGCCCCUGAUCAGUAGCUCUUUUACGUACUGCUCUCAGAUGCUGCUGCCUUUUUUUACUGAUUUUUUGAGCUACCAACAUCUGCAUCACUUAUUUCUCCUACUCUUCGGGGAUCAUGAGAAAAAAUGAGUGGCGGUUAGAAGUUUAGCAUGCAAAUACUUCGAGCAAAUCUAUUACUUGCAGGGAAAAAGGAAAAAAAGAUCUUGGAGUGAUCAAGACAAACGCUUCCUCUUCUUCAGCUGCCGCAACACAUAACGUGAAUUCGACAAAAGCUGCUUUAAUGGUGGAUGAUACCAUUGCAGAGGGUUCUGAAGUCAAGUUGGAAGCUAAGCAUAAAGCUGACGGUUCUUGGCAUCCAUGUCAAGUCUCUCUCUGCUCUGGUGGAGGACUUUCUGUAAGAUUUGAAGGUCAAGUUUCAGAAGAUAUAAUAUUGGACGUAGAAGAUGCAUUAGUCUGUCUUCGAGUACGUUCAGUUCCUUUGCAGGGGGAUGAUUGCUAUUAUAUUGAGGAAGGCAAACGUGUUCUUGCUGCUUGUGAGAACAACUUCCAGAGGUUCUAUUUUGAUGCAGUAGUGCAAAAGGUAACAAGGGUGCGACAUUCAAAAAGGGCUUCUUGCAGAUGCACUUUCAUGAUCCAAUGGCUUUCUGAGCAUGUUGAAAACGGAACUUCAUGUAUUCCAUCUAGUUCCAUCAUGAAGCUAGCUACAGAAAGCAUUAAGUCCCAUCCAAUUGUUGCGGCUUUUUUAAAUUCCCUGGAAAGAUCAUAUUUGUCUACUUCACCAUCAACCCCUACAGCUUUUGAUGAUGAUGACACUCAAAACGAAAUUGAUCUUCAAGGACUACUGAAGCAUAUAGAAGGAAUUGGCAGCUUCGCUGAUGCAUCCAAGAAGGAACUUUUAAAAGACACUCUUUUAGGAGCUGACCAUGCUGGAAGAGAUUGUUGGAACAAACUGCUUGCUUCAGAAGAAGUGAGCAAAUGUGUUCAAGUUAGUUGUGAAAGGAAUCAUUUGAGGAAACCAGCAAGGAGACAAAGUAUACAACCAGAAAGUGAGACUGUGGUAACUUCUGCACCAUCAUCUACAGAGGAACAAGUACAAAAUGUGUCUCCUCUCAGUCCUCUUGCAGCUCGUGCAGUCCUGGCUUCGUUAGUGUCAAAACUUCCCCACGAAAAUGAAUCUGUUGUCCAAAACGAAGGAAAAUGUGUCUCUGUGUUGGAUUAUUCCAAAUUUAUGCGUGUUUCUGGGGGCUCUGGUUCUUAUAUUGUAAACAAGGUGAAAACAAAUGAAAGAAAGGGUUCAGGCAAGAAGCUUCAUUCACGAAAGUCGAAUGGAAAAAUGGUGUUAUGUAAUAAAGUCGAAACCUGUAUGGAUUCAGGUGGCUGUUUAGCAUCCUCGAUGAGAGAUGAGGAGUUAACCCAGCCCGUGGUAGCAAGCAGAGUGACUCGUUCAACAAUGAAAAGAGAAAGUGCAAAUACGAAUCGAGAUGAUGAAACCACAACAUCAGCGAAAUACUCAACAACUGUUCCAGUGACACGAUCUGUAGCUCACAAAGGUAAAGGAAAUUUGGCUGUCAAGGUCAGUGAAAAAUUGCAGGACAAUAAGGCGAGACCAACCAGAUCAACAUGUUCUAAAAUAAUAAAAGAGUCUGAAGUUACAGAUGUAGAAGAUGAAAGCAGAAAUCUGGAUAAAGGGGCAAAAUGUACCACCUUAAGCAGUACAGUUCGUGUCACUCGUUCGACAGCUCGUGCGGGGACAGGAAAUUUGGAUGACAGGGCCAAAGAACGAUUCCAAGCUAAGCUAGAAACUGAUAGUGCUCAACUAGAUUAUUCUAACUCUGAUUAUGAGGCUAUGAUAUCAACAAAGAAAAGGACCUCUUCAUUGAUCAAUGCCAAGCCAACAUUAGCAGAAAGUGCUAAGAAGCAAAAGGGAUUAGAUGCUGUUGAGAGGCGACAAAAGACAACAGUUGAAGAUCUUCAUGGAAAUGUAGAUCCACAAUCCCAAAAGACACCAAUAUCUUCCAAGAAACAGCCUGCACGAUUUUCACCUCGGCUUAGGUUUUCGCCUCGCAUUCAGUCACAUGAUGAAUCUUAACUUCAGAUUCAACUGAUAAAUGAGGCAUGUAAGCGGAGUGGAGUCAUUGAUGCAGUAUGUACUUUGGAGUUGCAUAUACUCUUAUUUUGUCAGGUAAUCUUCUUAUUGAGAUUGCAUCACUGCUUCGCCAAUUCUGUAUACUACUUAGCAAGAGAAAGGAGAAUAUUAAUAUGCUUGUGACUUGCGUGGUAAAUGAGAACGUUACUAUUAUACCCCUGCUCUAGCUUUUUGAAAGGCCUCUUAUUGCAAGAGAGACUGCUUAGUCAUGGUGUGAGAACUUGCUGUAGGUAAUAUAAUUUCUCUGUUUGGCCAAGUUCCAUUAUCGAUGGUCAAUUAUGGCUAAUGCUCUGUUAGGCCAAGUACUGGAAAUAAAGCUUCGGAAGAAGGAAAUAGAAAAUUGCAGAAAAGGAAACAUUAUGCUUACAACUUACAAGUCAUUGUAUUAGUUUUACUAAGGCAUGUACCCCUCAAAAAAAAAAAAAAAAAAGUUACUAAGGCAUGGACCGGGGAGGUUUGGAUGUAUGCUUUUGUACCCAUAGUUGUUGAAAAUUUAUUAAGCAGUUGUUCCUACUAAAAGACCGUGUAUGAGCAUAUAUGGAAUGUAUGAAGUAUCAAGUAUUAUUGACCCCGUAGUGGACUUGUA